AUGAGACUCCAAAAUACCGUCUACUUUCGGGACAAUUACGGCAGCAACAUUGAAAAGGGUGAUGCUGGCAAAGUCGUUGCAUUGCAAGAUUCGGAAGGACUGUAUUCUGUCAUAUUGACGAAGGAUCGUCAAGUCUAUAAAGUUCAUCCCAAAUGUAUUUCGAUACUUAAGCCAAUGGGGACAAGUGUAUUCAAGUCGUUUGAGCAGCCUUUUCGCGAGCUGAACGAAAGGAGUCCCACAGCUGUCAGAAAAUCUGUAAGAUCUAGCUCAUCACAGCUGAAGGUGGAGCGACGACCUGCACCAACAUUAACUUCCGAUACGACCCCAGCACCGAAAGAAUUGGGCUCACCAGAGCGCAUAUAUCCUCCUUUCGAAGCUAUACGAGCACCCACGGCUGAAUCGCGUCCAAGACGAAGCAUGGAAGAUAUCAGGGCUGAGAUAGUGAAAAGACGUCAAGAACAGAGAGAGAUGAUGAGACAAAAGUAUGGCUCUCAGGUUUCAACUACAAAGAAGGAAUCAGAAGAGCCGACUAUAUCAGACAUCAGGGCCAUCAAGCAUGGCCACAAAGAAGUUGCUAACCCAGGCCGUGAUGGAUCCAAACGCUGGCGAUACACUCAUAAGGGAGUUGAAUUCAUCACCGACGAAACCUCGAGGCACGAGAUCACCUCUUGGCGUGUCAGUGGUGAAGAAGAUGCCAUCAUUGGACUGGCCGAGAUUCAGCUGGCUGGCUCCAGGUGCCAUGUUGUUCUCAUUGUGGAUCAUAGUGGAUCUAUGCGAACCUCGGAUGUGCCUGGAUAUGAUACUCGAGCACAUGCGGUGUACGAAUGCUUGAAACGAGACUUCGUUGAAAAACAACUCAAGUCAGGAGCUCUCAAUGGUGUGAUCGUGACGCUGAUAUCGAUGAGCAAUACUGCCACUGUCCAGAUUCAUAAGAAAACACUCGACGACUCGUUGAUUCACGACUUGCAAAGACUAUCCAAACGACAACCAAAGUUGCAUGGAAACUACAUUUCAGCGCUAGAUAAGGCGCUGGAAAUAACGAAAGCUGAUACCGAAAACAUGUCGAGUCUUCUGUUCCUUUUCUUUUCGGAUGGGGCACCGAGUGAUCACCAAAUCAUGAAGUGUGCUCAUGGUAUUAAUGUCUUCAGCAAAAUAAACCAAAGAAAUGACCGCAAAAUGGAACACACAUCAAGAAAUCAAGCUUGGAAAUGCUUGCAUGAGAUCACGAACAGGGUGGAAACAGAAUGCUGCGAGCGGGUUAAAUCCAUUGGCCAAGUCUUUGGCCCAGACCAGGUGAUAUUCCGAACUCUGGCCUCACUAUCGACGCUUCGAACCGAAGGCGGGCAUCUAGCGUUGACACGUAGGCCCGACAAAGUGGUGGAUGCAAACCAAAAAAUAGAUCACACUACUUCGGAAAUAUUUGGAAGAGAUGGAUGUUGGAUGUACGCCGAUAUUGAUAUCAUUGGAAAAUAUGAAUUCAAGGCCAACGAUCCACCGUCGCGACAGCUACAGCGUGUCCACUGGAAAGAAGAUGCCAAUGGAAUUGCCUUCUUACAACAUCCCUUUGCAGAAGGAGAGGAACGAUUCGUCUAUCGAUGUGCGGAAAUUAAAACAUCCAAGAACGAUUACACGUCGGCAGCAUCCAGAGAUAAUACUGCAGAACGUCGUGGGUUGCGACUCGUUGCUAAGGAAGCAAAGGACUUGGAAAAACAUCAUCAAGGUCGAAAGUUUCAUCAAACCUUUGCUCGUAUUCAAACAGCUGUGGGAAAAGUGGCAACAUCUUUCACAAAGCGUUUACCUCACGCUAGACCAGAGUCGAACAUAAACUUUCUCGACACCAACAUCUACGGUUGCUAUGACAGAAGCUACCGACGAGGCCAGGCCUGGAUUCUAGUUGAACCAGAACUUGAUGGAAAGUUUACCAAGUGGAACGAUAACGCAGGAAAUAUCAAAACCCAUACCAGUAACCAAGGCACUGAGUUCUUAGAUGACUUUGAAGAAUCGGACGAGGAAGACGAAGAAACGGCCCCAAUCCAAGUUGAGAAUAUUCCACAAGCUUUCUCGCAUUUUUCGUAUGAACAUUCGAAAGGAAAGCAGCUGAUUUGUGAUUUACAGGGAGUAUGGAAUGCAGAUGAUGGCUUUGUGCUGACAGAUCCAGUCAUCCAUUAUGUCAGUUCAAAAGGUCGCAAGCAUAUCAAUGGGGCAACGGAUAAGGGUGAAGCAGGAAUGAAGAAAUUUUUCCAGACGCACGUUUGCAGUUCUCUUUGCAAGCGAAUGAGUCUUCCAGGGCGAACAUCAGAUACUCUGAUGCCAGCUAUGAGCGAGCUAAGUUAA